AUGGAUCUACCAGAAACAAGUCGUCGGUAUAGUGCAGCGGUGGCGGCAGCCAAAUUCGCGGACCAGCGUCUGAAAGCUCGAGCACUCGCAUAUUACAACGGCAUCCUGCUGCGGGGCAACCCCAACUCGACCCAAGACACGGUACAGCAAGAUUGCACAAGUGAUCAGACCGCGCAAGUUUGCGACGACGAUACAGACACUACGCAUUUGGUCUCGGAGUUUCCGGGUGCAAAGUAG